AUGGGUGUUUGUGCCUCCUGCCUUGGCGGGAACCGCCACGAGUCUCCUGAGCCCGAAUCUUCACGUCUACUCGAGGAAGACCCUUAUCAGUCAGGAUAUGGCUAUGGAGCCCUCAACCACGCCCAGCAAGCCAGCCAACCGGAUCCGGAAUAUGUGAGACGUGAGAGGGAGGCGCUAGAAUCCAUUUGCCAGCGAACAUCAGACUCCGUCAUUGAUAUCUGGUCCCUCCAACCACAACCACACCUUCAACCCCAAGCAACCCUCCACACCCCCUUAUCUGAACAUCCCGCUCCAUCAGGCCCAGCCGGCAAAUCACCCGUGCCAUCCACCCACCGGACGUCACCGCCAAGCCGACCGGGCUCCGGCGCAUCAGGCGCCGUCCCGAAACACUGGGGCGAGGUCAUCAUCAAUCCGAAUAAGAAACGGUCUCGCACCGAUAUCAAGUCAGAUUCCAAGGUCAACCAUGAUGUCUUUGGGGUGCUGAAUGUCUCCUAA